GAGAGGGUUUCUGUUUCUCUCUCUAGCUUUAGAGAGUGAAUGUUGUUUCUCUCUCCUCAGAUCGCAUUUGAAGCAGGUGCCACGCUUGUUGGGCGUAUUUCUAACGCCGAUGCUUUCUGUUCCUAUUCAACCCAAGGUCUUUCGCCCUCAAAUUUCCCUUUUCUGUUAAUGGGUUCAGUUCAUGUGAUGAUGCCAGAUGAAAAGGUCGGUGAUCAGGAGAAGCCAGAUCAGGGGACUAAUCCAGUCAUGGAGGACUCUACGGCUAUGACUAUUGAGUUUUUGCGAGCAAGAUUGCAGUCCGAGAGAUCUUUGUCAAAAUCGGCUAGAGACAAGGCUGUUGAACUGGCUAAAAGGGUCUCAGAACUUGAGAAGCAGCUAGAGAUCGUUCGAAGUGAGAAAGAGAGUGCAGAGAAUGCCACUCAAGCUGUUCUUGAAGUACUUGACAGUCUUGAAGUCGUAAAUAUUUCUGAUAAAUCUGAUUCAGACAUGGAGCAAGAUGGAAAUAUCCAUGAAUCGAAAGCUAGUAGUGUUACUUCUGCCAGGGAUAACUCCAUAAAUGGUGGUGAGGAUGAGGGAAAUUCCACAACCUCGAGAUUAAGAAGCGAUGGUGAUGAUGAAAUGUCGAGUUCGGAGGUUGAUACAGGCAAGGUUGAAGCUUCACAAUUUCUGCAGAAAACCUUAUCUUGGAGAGGACGUGAUGAUACAUGUAACUCUAAGGGAAAUUUUUAUAAGAAGACCCCUGAUCAAGCAGCUCGGCUUAAGUAUAGUAGCAUCAUAGUUGUUCGGGAUUCUCCCAAAAGGCGUUUUGGUAAGUCGUGCCGCCAGAUAAAAAGGAGAUCAGCUUCUGCAUAUGUGCCAGAUGAAUCCUCCCUCCUUAGUGAUCAAGGAUUAGGAGGAGAUGUUUCAAAGUGUAUGGGAGUUAAAUCUGAGAUCUUAGAUAUCAGUCAUGGAUGUAUUAAAGAGAAUGCUGCCUUGGUUGAUCGGCAACUCUAUGUAACCAAGGAGACCAUGUCUGGGCAAACCUCAGGUGAAGAGGGUGCGGCCAAAGUGCACCCCGAAAGUGCAUGCUUAAUAGAAGAUCAGAGAGAAAAAAUUGACCCAACGAGUAGUCCUUAUAGAAGUGAGGGAGAUAUUAAUAUGGACGGAGCAUUGGAGAGGAUUUCCCAACUCGUUAAUCGUUAUAAAGCCGAAGAGAGUGCCCAAAGAGAAUGGGAAGAGAGACAAGUCAAUAGUCUAACUACGGGUUCUUCCAUGCCUGAGAGCCAAUCAGAUGCCGUCCAAGAAAAGAUUGAUGGACAUAAUGAACAGGAACCGGCAACUCCACCUCAAGAGAACUUAGUCAAGAUUGAUAAAGAGAAGCAGGAGCAAGAUUGUGCGACUUUACCCCAAAGCAACUCCUCAGUGAUUGAUACAAUAAAGAAGCAAGAAUCUAGUGAAGUUGAUUGCAGGAGAGUUCACAGUGGGAACCAUUUUGUAGGAGCAUCCUCCAGGGAACAAGGAGAUUUUAUGAGAGCUUCUUUAAAGGAAGAUGUGUUAGUGGCUCUUGCACAGGCUAAGUUGACAAUAAAACACGAACUCGAUAGAGCCCAGCCUUCAAAUGGAGGGGCCAUUGUACCCGUUGCAGGCCCUGGUGUUCAGAGAAGCAGUGAAGCUAUCAGCUCCAUGGAGUUUCCCCUGAACUGUAGUGGCCUUUUCAGACUACCUCCUGAUCCAAGACCUGAAGCUUUUCCUAGUCAAGUGAGCUCUUCAAGGAAUUAUCUUGAUACGAGUUCGAAUUUUUCAAGGCCAGAACCUAUGACCAAUCGUUAUCCUGAGAUAGUUCCGAGUUUCUCUAGACCGGAGCUUAUGGCCAGUAGAUAUCCUGAUCUGGGUUCUGGUAUUUUGAGGUCAGAGCGCUCUUUUGAUCGAUAUCCUGAUCUGGGUUCUGGGUUUUCGGGUUCAGAUCGCUCUUUUGAUCGAUAUUCUGAUAGCAGUUCAGGUUUUUCAAGGUCGGUGCCUUAUUUUGAUCCAUAUUAUGCUAUGAAUACAAAAUUUUUUAGUGCAGAACGAGAUUUUGAUCGAUAUUCUGGUUCAAGUUUGGGUUUCUUAAGAUCAGAGCAUGGUGGUGCUCAAUAUCCUGAUAUGGGUAUGAAUCUCAUGACGCCAGCCCGUCCAACUGAUCGAUAUACCAAUAUGAAUUUGGGUUUCAAGCCUCCAAUGCCUUCUGGAAGCAGGUUUCCCAAUAGUGUUUCAGAUACAGAAGCCAGAAUGGCUACUACUAGUCGUAACCAUCCUAACAAUGAUACAAAGACUAGUAGGCCCUCUGGGAAUAUGCACUCCUAUGCGAAUCUUUCUCCGAAUAUAAACAGUGAGAUUUCUACUAGAGAGAGAAGCAUGUUUACACAAACAGAUAUGAUGGCUAGAAGUGACCAAUCUUCUACUAGAAAGAGAGACAUGUUUCCAAAGGAUGAGAUGUUGGCUAAGACUGACCAAUCUUCAAUGCUGUCUGGAACCAGGUUUCCCUAUAGUGGUUCAGAUAUAGAAGCCAGAAUGGCUACUACUAGUCAUAACCAUCCUUACCAUGAUACAAUAACUGGUAAACCCUCUGGGAAUAUCCACUCCUAUGCGAAUCUUUCUCCGAAUAUAAAUAGUGAGAUUUCUACUAGAGAGAGAAGCAUGUUUCCACAAACAGCUAUGAUGGCUACAAGUGACCAAUGUUAUACUAGAGAGAGAGACAUGUUUCUAAAGGAUGAGAUGUUAGCUAAGGCUGACCAAUCUUUGAACUCAUCUCAGAAUAUGAGAAAUGAGAUGCCCCUUGGUGAUCGGUUUUCCUUUUGGGGUGGGAGGAAUGGGCCUACUGGACAAGGCUAAUUAGCCCUCUAGCUCUGAAGACCAGUGUUAUGGUGCCAUUUCUUGUCUUCUUCCACACACAGGACAUUUCUUCUUUUUUUUCUUCUGGUGGGAAACAGUAAUACUUGGUUUCCGAAACCGGGUUGUAGUAUAUUGGCUUGGGGUAUGUAUAUCUUUCUUCUUUAGAUCCUUUCUGUGGAUGGGAAUUUCUGGUUUUGGAGCAAAGUUAUGUUGUCGGCUCAUAAGUUUGGCAUAUCUUGUGGAGCAUUUUGAUUGAAUGGGAAUUGUUUACUUUUAGCAACGAA